AUGCAUCAAAGGAAAUACACACUAGUACUCAUCUCUGAGCUUGGACUGGGAGCUGCAAAGCCUGCAGUUACACCUAUUGAAGCUAAUGUCAAGCUCACUACUAAGGAAUAUGAUGAACAUAUUGGUGUUCUUGAGGGCACAACAGAUGAAACCUUGAGAGACCCCGGCAAGUACCAGAGGCUACUAGGAAAGCUACUCUACUUGACAGUCACACGACCAGACAUAGCAUAUAGUGUUCAGACAUUGAGUCAAUAUAUACAGAAGCCAAAAAGGUCUCAUAUGGAAGCUGCACAAAGAGUGGUCAAGUAUGUGAAAGGGCAGCCUGGACAAGGCAUACUGUUGUCUAGCAGAAAUGAGAACACUAUUACAGCAUAUUGUGAUGCUGACUGGGCAGCCUGUCUUCUCACAAGGAAAUCAGUAACUGGAUUCUUUAUCAAGUAUGGUGAGUCAUUAGUGUCCUGGAAGUCAAAGAAGCAAAACACUAUUUCCAGGAGCUCAGCAAAAUCAGAGUAUACGAGCAUUGCAUCAACAGUAGCAGAGUUAGUUUUGAUACUUGGCUUAUUCAAGGAUAUUGGAGUAGUUGUUGAACUUCCUGUGAACAUACUCACAGACAGCAAUGCAGCAAUUCAAAUAGCUGCCAAUCCAGUAUUCCAUGAACGCACUAAAUAA